CUUGUCGCUCAAUAGGUGGAUGUUCCAUUUCCUAUGUCGCUGUCAUUUUCAAGAAUUAUUUUGGUAUUAUAAUUCUAGUCUAGCCCGGAAUUUCUGAAAUUUUAGUUACGAAUCGAUGACGAUGCGCUGUAAGUUGGAAGAGCAGCGCAUCAAAAAAUGAUUGACCGAUCUAGAAGGUUAAGUUACGAAAACGCAGGAUAUAUUUCGGGGAAAAUGGUGAACGAUCUUAGCCCUAGAAAAACUAUGCUUGUUUUGGUGAUUGUGGUGGGUUGCUUCGCAGUUCUAUGGCCUAAGGUAUUUUAUCCUAUGUUAGUUGGCUCAGCAAUUACCAGAAUAAAACCUAGCUCUAUUGAUAGAACGCAAGGUUGUUGUGAUGUUAUAUAUGAAAGAGAUGUGACUACAAUCAAACUAAUGUCUGAAAUAUGCAAGACAAUUAUUAAGAACAAUGAAGAAAACUCUCUAUUGAAUAAAGAUGUAAUACAGAAAUGCCAAAGUAUUGUUUUGGAUACAUGUGGCAUUGACAUUUCUGCUGUACUGCAGGGACAAGUAAGACUGGGGCACUCUACUAAACAGAUAUUAGAAGAGAUAAGAUCUUUAAAUGGUUCGUUAUGUUUAAAAUAUAAUUUUGGAGUAGCUCCAUGGGAGUUAGGAGUGCCUCAUAGAGUUAAUGUUAAGAUGUUGCCUUCUUCCACUAUCAGGCAAGAAAGACCACUACAUCUUAGAUCAGAAAUGGUGCAUCCCGCAUUCAGGGAACGAGGAAGGGCUAUUCCUCAAACGGAAUUUACUCCAACUAAACCUGCUCCACCUUCACACUUGAUUAAGAAGGUUGUUGAAGGCAAGCCUGGGCCUAUUCCUGGGAUGCGUCCAACCAUAGGAGGCGCCGGUCAUAUAGUGCCUCCUUCAAAACAAGGUGGUAAUACUAUGGGAUUAAUUAUGCCCUUAUACACCAUUGGUAUUGUUGUAUUCUUUGCGUACACGGUCAUGAAGGUUGUAUUCAAAAAACAAUCAGACGCUUUGUACCCGCCUAUAAAUCCUGAUCCACAUUUUAGAAGAGAAGUUUUUCAAGCAGAUCGACGACAUUUAGAAUCAAAAGUAUCUAAAGAUUCUGUUUCCAGCAAAUUAGGAGACACCGAAUUGGAUCGACUGCGUUAUCGAUUGAGAGAAACGGAAAUGGCCAUGGAACGCAUAGUUGAACAGAUGGCCAAAGUGCCCCUAAAAUUUCAGGACGAAGUCAUAGCUAAUGGUUCUCUCGGAAAUAAAGAAGAUGAUCAGUCAUCAGUUCAAGUUCUCGGUCUGGAAACUUCAGCCAGUCGGGAAAAUGGUCACAAAUGGACAAGCUCCAAUUCUCCAAUAUUCCCAGGGAUACCUUCGCAUACAAAGGACACAACUUCACAAGAGAUCUUUUUAGAGGGGUCUCUACCUCCUCAAUCACAUCUUAUAGUAACUGAUUCAGCGACAGAAGCUCAGAAACUGGAUGCUGAAGAAGAUCCAGCUGUAGUUCUUGCGGGGAAGAUGACUUUAUCAGUGAUUAGCCUUGAUUCUUCUGAAAGUGCUACAGAAGAGUCAUCCAUUCCAGACAAGAAGCCAGAAAAACGAAUUAGCAGUAAUGUCUCUGAAGAAUUUGAAAAAAUUGAUGCUGCACAACUAGAGGAAGAAAUUAACGAUAUCAUUACAGAAGCUGAGCAUGUGAAUGCAACGGGCUCACCAAUAAAAGAAAUUGAUAAUAUUAGAGAAUCGGUCGUAAACGAAUCAGAAGCUUGUAUAAUACAAACUCCUAAAAACCUUAAUGGAGUGGAAAAAAGUAUUCUAAUUAAAAAUGAAAUUAAUGAUAUUCUUGAAUCGAAUCCCACUCAUACAGAUACUACGACUUCAAUAGAACAUGUAAUUGAAGAAAGCGUUGGAACUGUAGUAGAAAGAACUCCAGAUAAUCAACAAGAUUUGGAUGAUCUAUUGCCUAAAACUGAAAAAGAUGUAGCAAAAACCACAGAAAUUAUUGAUUAUAAAAUUGAUGAAUUUCAAAAAGGUCUUUUUUACGAUAUUCAAAAUAUACAAGACAGUGCCAGAAAUGAGGUAACUGAUGAGGUUAAGAAAUUAGUAAAUGAUAUUGAAGCAGAAAUACAACCUGUUGCAAAGGAGCUUGUUUUGGAAAAAAAGAUAUCAAAUAAAAUUGAACUUUCCCCUGAAAUAAAAGAGGUAGAAAGCUUGCGACUGAAACAAAUCGCAACUGAAAUUAAAGGACAAAAUCUAAACAUAAACCCAACAGGUCAAUUGAAUCAAAAUGAGAAAAUAGAAGAAGCCACAAGGGAAUUAAUUUCAAAGCAAAAUGAAACUAUAAAAGAAACAAUCGUUGAAAGAGAAUUAAUUCUUGAUGAUGAGAAAAAACAAAGUGAAAAAUUUUCCACAACCGAGGUAACAACAAUUACUGAUGAAAUAUCAGAGCAAUCGAAUAUUCAAGAAAAUAAUGAAAUGGAGGAUAAAAACGUAUCAAAGGCAAAUAUAAUAACAAACUAUCAUGCUACCAAUAACAAAGCUGUAGAAUCAGUAUCAGCAAAGGCUAGUGAAGAUCUGCUUCAAGCAAAUCACAGUUCUAUUGAAAAAGUUGAAGAACAUGAUACAUCUGAACAUAUUGUAGGAACAAACGUAGUUUCUGAAAUAAGUGGAGGACCUACAAAAUUUGGACAGUGCUUACUAGAAACCGAUGACAAAAACGAACAAGAAGACGAUGAAUUAAGUUCACAAGAUAUUAAUAUUUCUCAUCUUGCUGAAACAAUGUUAUCAGAUGAUAUAAAUUCCUCAAAUAAUUAUGAAAAUAUUGUUGAAGAAGAAUAUGAAGAUAACGAAGGAGAAUAUAAAGAAGAUAACGAAGGAGAAUAUGAAGAAGAUAACGAAGAAGAAUAUGAAGAAGAUAACGAAGAAGAAUAUGAAGAAGAUAACGAAGAAGAAUAUGAAGGAGAUAAAAAAGGAGAAUAUGAAGAAAAUAACGAAAAAGAAUUUGAAGAAGAAGUCGAUAUCGACGAUCAAAAUGGGGAAGAAAUCGAAGAGGAGAUUAUAGAAUAUAUAAGUGAUGAAGAAGUGGAUGUCGAAGAAGAAGAGGGUCUGGAUAGAAUUGAGCAGUCAAAGUUCAAGCCUCAUGUAUGAACUUUAUAGGAUUAGAUGUGAUGUUAGUGCCAAAAUUUAAAUGUGUUUCAGUACUUAAUAAAAUUGAAUCGCAAAAAUAAA